UAUUAUCUCGUAUAAUACAGUAUUUUCCUUCUCUUCAAAGCGCGCCGAUACCUCUUCUCUUUGGUGGUGUACAUUGCGCAGACCAUUGAUAGCAGCAGGUACAAUGUCGACGACAUCAACCUUCCUGCAGUGCAAGGAAGUCGAGGGGAACGGGCAGGUCCUAUUCCAUAGACAUAUAUUCGUGGAAGGCCAAGGCGACAGCACAGAUACUACAAGAUCGAACAGUCCCAUCGACGCCAAAUUGCAGACGAGCAAACAAAAUGUUCUUUUACUUCACGCUGCUCGAGAAAAGUAUAAAUUGAUCGAGGACCACGCUAUUCCCUCAUUAAUACACAAUGGAGAGAUUCUGGUGAAGGUAGUUGCAGUUGGGUUGAACCCGAUCGACUGGAAGGGGCCGGCUUUCAAUUUCGGGAUCCCCGCCUUGCCCUGGAUCAACGGCCGCGACUUCGCUGGCGUGGUCGUACAGGUAUCCAAUGAGAGUUCGCGCGUUCGUGUGGGAGAUAUCGUCCUUGUUCCAUCGACCGACUACAGAGACAUCCGGAAAGCCGCAUUCCAGGAAUAUGCGGUAGCAACACAUUACAACGCAGCACGGAUACCUUCGACGACGUCGAUAAACGCGGCAGCAUCUUUGGGAGUGGCAUUUGUGGCCUCGACUUUGGCCUUGGGAGUAUCAUUCGGCCUGGAUUUCUCUACUAUUCCCGGAAGUGCGAAAGGCCCGAAUCUCCCCAAGGUCCUGAAGGACGCCAAUAUCAACGUCAUUCCAGAGGAUAUCAGAAAAGAGUGCUUUUCAUCUGCGCCUGAAUCAGAGCGGAUUCAACGCGGUGAUUGGCUGGCAAUUUGGGGAGCAUCAACUACAACUGGUUAUAUCACUCUACAACUCGCAAAACUGUGCGGCCUUAAAGUGAUAUGCGUUGCAGACGUUGCGCGCCACGGGGCGAAACUCCUCGAUGCCGGAGCAGAUUUACUAGUAGACCGACACAAUACUGAACGUGCCGUGGAAAUCAUUCGGGGUGUCACGGGUGGUAAGCUACGCUUUGGCCUCGACAUAGUGGGCAAGGACACAGCGGCACUGCUACAGAAUGCUCUAUUCCGUAGCGAAGACGACGGUCCACAGGCGCAUCUUCUUGGAUUGACUGGCAUUCCCAAGGAACAAGAUCCACGGAUUCACUACCACACUGUGCCGAUCAAGCUCUUCCAUACCUCUCCCGCUGUGGGUGAGAGCAUGGUCACAUGGCUCGAAGGCCUUUUACAGACAGAUAGCAUCAAACUGCCAGAGGUCGUUCACGCAAAGGGUGGACUUGCAGGUAUCAAUGACGCGCUGGAUAUUCUUCGAGAGGGUUCCGUUUCCGGGAAGAGGAUUGUUGUUGGACUUGACUCACAGGCGUGACUGGGAUUUUCCAUUCCAGAAGAAGACGACAUUUACACAUAUGGCGGCCACGGUCUGAUUUAGAUUAUAAACAUGACACCCAUAGACUAUGGAUACUAAAAUGUCUAUAGAAUAAUUUGACUUCGGUGGUCUUACCUAUACAUUAGCAAUC